ACAAACUGAAAUAUUACUGAUAUUUCAGAUCAUUCCUCUGGACACAUACUGCUCUCUUGUCUUCUUUUGGACUUACUCUCUCACUGUCAGCUCAACAUAGGAAAGUUUUCGUGUUUAUAACUCUGGAAUACUGAUUUGGUCUCUUAGUACAUCAGUCUGUAUUUCUGCUCUCUAGGCAUCUGACCUGGGUUGUCAUCUCAACUUCAGUUGGACACAAUUUACUGAAGUUCCACAACGGGAAAAUAAUAAUACAUACAAAACAAGUGAAAGACAUCUGGAUCUGUGUGACCACCUACCAUACAAAUAGUUUCUGGUGCCAAGGACCAGGGGAAGGGGAAGAAUAGCCUUGUUCAAAGGCACCUCAACAUCACUUUACCAACAUCUCAGAAAGUUUUAGGCCGUCUGAUAAUCCCUGCCUCUGCAUCUUAAAACAGGUGAAUCUUGAAUCUACAAUCCGAUAGCUGAGAGACAAUCUUUGGGUGCGUUGAAAAGUCAGUGCUGAACUUGUGAUAGGUCAUGGCAGACUGGAGCCUAUUGGGAAACUUCCUGGAGGAAGUACAGGAGCAUUCUACCUCUAUUGGCAAGGUGUGGCUGACCAUCCUGUUUAUCUUCCGUAUCCUGGUGCUGGGGACUGCUGCUGAGUCUUCAUGGGGGGACGAACAGGAAGAUUUCGACUGUGACACUAUACAGCCGGGCUGCGAGAACGUUUGUUAUGACCGGGCUUUUCCUAUUGCACACAUACGAUACUGGGUGCUCCAGAUCGUUUUUGUUUCCACUCCCAGUCUGAUCUACAUGGGACAUGCCAUGCACACUGUCCGCAGAGAGGAGAAGAGGAGGAGCCAAGAGGAGGAGGCAGGAGAGGGGGCAGGAAGAGAGGCAGACCCAGGUGGAGGUGAAGGAGGAGGAGCAGAGAAACGAGGGAGAAAAGGAGAGAAAGAUGAAGAAAAGGAAAAAAGAGAGGGCCCAUCAGCAGGUCGAAUCCAUUUGAGGGGGGCGCUGCUACAGACCUACGUACUGAGUAUACUGAUACGAAGCAUCAUGGAGGUGGUGUUUCUGUGUCUCCAGUACUUUCUGUAUGGGAUCUUCCUCCACCCUCUGUAUGUCUGCAAGGCCUGGCCGUGUCCACAUCCGGUCAACUGCUACGUGUCCCGACCGACAGAGAAAAACGUCUUCAUAGUGUUCAUGUUGGCCGUGUCUGCAGUCUCUCUGGUCCUCAGCGUGCUCGAGCUGCAUCACCUGGCAUGGAGGCACUGCUGCAGGCAUUUCUUAAUCAAAGGGAAGGCUGUCGCUCCCCCUCAUCCCUCACUAGCCAGACAGCUUUCUCUUUCUCCUCCACCACCAUCAACCCCACCCCCAGACUUCAACCAGUGCGUGAUUGGACCCUCACACUUCCUGCCCCUCCCUUUCCCCAACCACCGCCUGGCUAACCAACAAAACUCCGAGAAUAUGGCAACCGAGAAGCACAAAAUGGCCGCCGCUGUGGAAGAAGUCAACCGUCUUCAGAUGAGUUGUUACUCCCCAGGAUGGCAGGAGACAAGUAACGCCCAGAUGCAAGACGGUGGAUACCUGAGGACUGACACUAACUGCUUCAGCCCCGGGAGCCGGGAGAUUAGCUGUCCUAAGAUCCAAAAUGGCAGCCCGGACGGGUUGUUGCUUUGCCCGAAUGUAGGGCUCUGUCAAAAGGACAAAAGAAGAUUCAGCAAAACCAGCGGGACGAGCAGCAGAACAAGAGCAGACGACCUCUCCGUGUAGGAAAAAACGUAUUCAACUAUUCACACACCGGCUAAAUAAAUGACUGAAUUCUAACAGAAGCCAGCAGGAGGAAUCUGAGCCUACCCGUUACAUAUGAAUACUGACUCUUUUUUUUCUGGUUUGUCUUGACUGCAAUAAGAUGAGUGAAAUCCACUCUAUGACUAGAUGAGGAGAUUUGUCCUUGUUGAGCUUUCAUUAAAUGGGGGGGGGGGGGACAGCAGGCUUUAAGAUUGUACUUUUCCCCUAACUGACAUUAAUCAGACAAUAAUGUGAAGUUCAAGUGUUUAAGUCAACAUGGGAAACUGUACGUUGAGAUUAAGUGCACAUCUGUGAAAUUCUGUUUUACAUCAUCAAAAUGUUACAUUGUUUCUUCUAUUUGACUUUUCCAAUUUAAGACUUCCUGUUGUAGAACUUACUUUAAUCAGAAAGAAGAAACUACAGAAAUCGACCACCCAUUAUCUGCAAGUCGAAUGCCUACAAGCCUGAGAUAAAAACCUGCAAUAUAUUCAAAAUAUAAGUGAUUUUAUGUUACAGUUAUUGAUACAGUUUCAAGGGCACAUUUUGGUGGAUCUUUUAUACUAUUUAGCGUCUUGUAAAGCGAACGGUUCUUUAUAGGAUGUCCGACUGAUUGGCAGUACUUGAAUCUACAAAAGAAAUCAAAUCCUAAGCCUGUGAAAGUCCCAACGCUGGUCAUGUUGGAAAUACUUUGACAGCUAAAGCCAUGAAAGUUUGACCUGUGGACUGAGCCUGAACUCACUGAUUUGCUGGCUUAAAGGAAUUAUUGUUGGACAUGAUGACUUCUUCAUUAUCAAGUGAAUUAACAGGAACAUGAACAACUUUUUUGUCGUUGUCAUUUGACUUUAUAUCAAAGAGUCUACCAUGUUUUGGGCUUGAGUGAGUUUGCCUAUAUUACACCUUCACACCACCUUGUUCUUACAAUUUAUUCACUUUUUUUUUUUUUUUUUUUUAAUGUAUUUCUUGUGACAAUGAUUUUCUUAGAUGACUACUCAUGAAUUUCUGCACUGUUUUAGGAUUUCACAUUAUUUCAAUUUUACAUCCAUUGUGUGUAUUGCAAUCUCUGCUAUUUUGAAUGGAGGUUGAGUGUUUCGAGACAGUUUUUCAACAUUGUGGUUACAGGAAGAUGGCACAUUUUGCCAGGUAUCAUUAUGUGAUUGCUACUGUUAAUGAUAAUUAAAAAUUGUUGGAUAUUU